AUGGAAGAAAACAUGGAAAACCAUCAUGAAGAGGAAGCUCACAACCAUGGCGGAGGAGGUAGAGCAAAUCAUGCUGGGGAGGAUAGAAGAGUUUUAGGCUCUUAUAUCAACCCAAAUCCAGAAAACUGUGAAAGAGUAAAUGAAGAGGCAGAGGGUAGUCAGGAGCAAGCCAACUACAUUGGAAAUUCACCUAAGCAAAACUAUGAUCCAUAUUCCAAGACCUACAACCCUGGAUGGAGGAACCACCCAAACUUUGGGUGGGGAAAUCAACAAGAUCAAAGCCAAGAUCAGAGACGUCACAACCCCAAUAACAAUGCAACUCACCAACAAUUCACACAGAGGACAUAUCAACACCCCCAUAACAACACAUCUCAUCCUUCUACCUUUAAUCCCAACCUACCAUCAUUUGAUGACAGACUCUCUAAGAUUGAAACCUUACUUGAAGGCAUAUGCAAAGACAUCCAAGACAACAAGGUGUUCAAAGAGGAGGUACGAGCAAAUAUCAAGAACCAGGGAGAAACCAUCAAGAAGCUGGAAUUUCAAGUGGGAUAUUUAUCUGAGAGGAUUCCCAAACCUACUGAUAGCUUCCCAAGUGACACAGAGAAAAACCCGAGAGGCGAAGCAAAGAAAGUAAGAUGGGAAGAUUGCAAGAUGGUCACUACAAGUGAUAAGGAGACUGAAGACAAGCAAAGCACACUGUCAGAACAACCUGAAGACACCUCAAUAGAGAAGGAGGAAAAAGAUCACCUAGAACUAGAAAUUUCACAACAAGAGCUGCUGAGACUCUAUGCACCCUUUCCCCAACUGCUCAAUGGUGCUGUGGGGAAGAGAAUAUACUCAAGGUUUCUUGACCUGUUUGCUUUUCUCCAUGUAAACAUACCAUUCAUCAAGGCCCUCCAACAAAUGCCUGCAUACAUCAAGUAUAUGAAGGAACUUCUUCCCAGGAAAAGCUCACUCAAGGGAGGCCAAACUAUAGUGAUGAACAAGGAGUGCAGCGCCCUCAUCCAACCAGAGUUGCCUGCAAAAAGAAAGGACCCAGGGAGUUCUCAUAUUUCCUGUGGCAUAGGAGAAACAAUGUUUGAUAGAGCACUCUGCGAUUUGGGAGCAAGCAUCAACUUAAUGCCCUUAUUCCUGGUGAAGAGGCUGCAGAUCAAUGAGAUAAUGCCCACAGAUGUAGUCAUCGGGCUGGCUGACAAAACUCAAAAACAAACAAUAGGGGUGGUAGAAAAUGUGUUGUUAAAGGUUGGGAAAUACUUCCUCCCAACAGACUUUGUCAUCCUGGACAUGAAAGAAACCAGAGCACUCAUAGAUGUGGAGCAAGGGGAGCUAAUAUUGAGGAUCCAUGAUGAACGACUCAGCUUCAAUGUCUUCCAUUUCUCACAAGAAGCGGAUCAAGAGAACAAAGAACCAAGCAAAGAUCAUCAUGAGAUACUGAAGGAGGAAACAAGCACUAAAGCACAACCAACACAUCUGGAAACCCCAUUGAUUGAUGAACAAGGCAAACAGCAAAUGCCACAGCUCAAGGAAAAGUUGGAGGAACCUAAACCACCAGAGGCAUGUAAAGACAACAGCAAAAUUUCCUUAGAAGAAGAGGCCACAAAGAGUAAGACAACAUCACAAGGAACAAAGAAGAAGGUACCCAGGAGGUGGAGGAACAAGAAGAUCCCUACCGAGGACUUCUCUCCAGGGGAUAAAGUGAUCUCAGCUUAUUCCCAGAUAUUCCUCCUAAUCUCCCCACUGUACCAUCUCAGUUACCUAAGGGAAAAGGAGAGGAGCAUUGAAGGAGAUUGA